UUAUUAUUUUAUAUAUUUAUAAAAAUAUAAAUAUUUUAUUAUAUAGCACUAAGUGUUCCAGCUGAUGCUGGUAAUGUUUCAUCAAUAAAAGAUGCUUUUAAUACAAUUCGAACAAAACUUGGAAAUGAUAUAGAAGUAUUACUUUUCAAUGCUGGUGGAAUGAUUUAUAAAAGUAUUUUGGAAUUGAAACCAGAAGAAGUACAAAAUAUAGUAAAUGUUAGUGUUAUUGGUGCUUUAGCAGCAAGCCAAGAAGUUAUCCCAGGAAUGCUUAAAAAUGGAAAAGGUACAAUAUUAUUGACUGGUGCUACUGCUAGUCUUCGUGGUUCAGCUAAAUUUGGUGGUUUCGCUAUAUCAAAAUUUGGUUUACGUGCAUUAGGUCAAUCAAUGGCACGUGAAUUAGGUCCACAAGGUAUUCAUAUUGCUCAUGUCAUCGUUGAUGGACCAAUUAAUACACCUACACAACUGAAAAAGCAACCUGAGAAAGAUGUUGAUUCAUUUAUUCAUAGUGAUGCAAUCGCUGAAACAUACUGGCAUUUACAUUCCCAACCUCGUUCAACAUGGACACAAGAAGUUGAUCUUCGUCCUUAUAAUGAAAAAUUUUAA